AUGACGUGUUUGACGUGUCAAAUUUGACAUUUGUGAACAUUUGCCACUGUUAUAUUUUAAUUACAUAUUAUUAAAUUUAAAAAUCCAAAUGAGUGUGUAUAUUAAAAAAAUAUAAUCUUUAACUGUCAAUAAAUAAAGUCCCAUAAUUAUAAAGACUAGUCCUUAAAUUAUAAAUAUGAAAUGUUAUCUAGAAGAAAAGGAAAAGUGCCUGAAAGUGAUCAUUCAGUGCUAAUCGGAAAUAAUAGUUUCUACACUCAACACAACAAUAUCAAUUACGUAAAUUCCGCUUAUCCAAAUAAUGUCACUCCCGACUACUAUUUAGAAGAAGAAGAUCAUAUUGAAGAGUGUGAACCAGAAUACAUAAUGACUGCAAGGGACAGAACCAGUGAAUUUGUAAAUACAAUUCAAACCCUACAGGGAAGAAAUAUUGCCAGGGCUGUGGCAGCCAGGGAUCCCCGAAGAUCAAAGGUUAUACAAAGCCAUUCAGAGUUUAUGCUUAUUGCAAAGAAUAUUGGAAAGAAUAUUGCCAACACAUACUCCAAAUUAGAGAAACUCACAUUGUUGGCAAAGCGAAAGUCGUUAUUUGACGACAGAACUGCCGAAAUCCAGGAACUGACCUAUAUGAUAAAAGGCGACUUGAGCAGCUUAAACCAGCAGAUAGCCCAGCUGCAAGAUGUUUCAAAACGCCAGCGGGCCCAAGUCAGGGGCAAACAUCUCCAGUCGCACUCCAGCAGCGUCGUGUUGGCCCUGCAAUCGAAACUGGCAAGCAUGUCGUCCGACUUCAAGCAAAUAUUGGAGGUCCGUACCGAGAAUCUGCGACACCAGAAGUCGCGACGGGACCAGUUCUCUCAGGGCGGUUUGCCGCCGCCGAACGUUACCAACCAGAACCAAGGAUUGUUAUACCAGGAACAGGAUCAGGUAAGCAUCAAUCUGGAGAGUUCCGCGCUGCUGCCGCAGCAACCGCAACAGUCGCAGCUUCAAGCGGCGUUGAUGUACGAUGAGACGGAUAAUUAUCUGCAAAGUCGGGCCGAGACUAUGCAGAAUAUCGAGUCGACGAUCGUAGAAUUGGGAGGAAUUUUCUCACAACUGGCUCAUAUGGUAAAAGAACAAGAGGAGAUGGUAGAUAGAAUCGACAGUAAUGUGGAAGACGCACAGUUGAAUAUCGAAGCGGCCCACGCUCAAAUUUUAAAAUACUUUCAGUCGGUUUCCUCAAACAGGUGGCUCAUGAUAAAGAUAUUUGGAGUUUUGAUAUUCUUCUUUAUAUUCUUUGUGGUAUUUCUAGCGUAAUAUAAUAUAAAUACAUUGUGGGAACUGAAGGUGUAUAUAACUAUUAUGACCAAUCAGUGACUUUGUGUAUAUUUUUACUUUUAAUGUUUUGUAUAUAAUAUUUAUCAUAUAUUGUUGGCAAUUAAUAAACAUUUAUAAGUAA